CUCGAGUACUUGGAGCUUCUCAACAAUGAGAUCCAAGAUGCCGCGCAGCAAGCCUCAUUUGGUGACCUCAAGCUUCUCUUAGCGAGCCACAUUGGCCUCACUCACUGGUCUACGGCUGAAAAGCAGAGUUUUUUCGAAGCGGUAGCACGCCUCGGGAAAUACGACCUCGUUGGUAUCGCCGCCAAAGUCGGAAGCAAGAGUGUGGCAGAGGUCAACCACUACUUGGGGAUUCUCCAAGAAGCCAGCGAGUCGAGGCGGCAGCAGGGGUUCCGCACCAACUUGGAGCUUGCAGAUUAUCCUGCUGCUGUCGAGGUCAGUCAACAGUGCUGCCGUGCGGAAGAAGAGGCUGCAGAUGAGAUCUCGCUCAAACAAGAAGCGCGCGAGGAGAUUCGUGAGCGAAAUCGAUGGGGGGACGUAUGGGAUGUUACACCGAAAGUUGCGAGAAAACUCAACAGAGCUAUCCAUAAGCAGGACGAAAACCUGGCCAGUAUUCCACAUUCUGCUCAGCUGUUCCACUCUUCGACCUGGCUGGAACUUUCUGCGCGGAUGUUUAUGAACUCUUCGAUUCCGGGUAAUAACUGGAACUCCAUAGGCGGAGAACCACCGUCAAUGUGGGCGACUACUUUUGAAGACUUUCACUCGUUGGCUGUAUCGCUCACUCGGAGGCUUGUUCAGACAUCCCUCUUUAUUGCAAUGUCCAGGAUCAGAUCGAAGAACGCGUCGACAAAGAAAGUUAGAGACAUGGUACAACAACAGGAUGUCGAAGCAGCCAUUUCCUCUCUGAAUAUGACCUCCAAGUCGAAUGAAUCAUGGGUUGGCAGUGCUCGAAGAUUACGCCUGGACGUUUACGAGAACCCCCCUGAAGGAGACGAGGAUUUUGACGAAGAGCGCAUGGCAUAUGAAGAGGUAGAGAGAGCGUUAUCCGACGAGAACACU